AUGGCAGAUGGCAGGAAACCCCCCUCUUACGUCUAUCUGUCUCCCGAAGCUUCGCAAGCGCAGGUAGAGCUCACUAACGACGGUGUCUAUAAUCUUCUCCCUUCAGAAGAGCUAUGGAGAGAUCGCCAGAGACGCUUAAAAGAGCGCGGCUACGAUUUGAGGGCGCGAUAUCAUCCAAAUUGGAAGCCCUCGUGGAUUGGAACCAAUCUCGACCCAGAAUAUUGCGAGGACGCCGUCAUGGCCAGCAACUUCAACGUCAUGGACGCGAGGCGCCGUGCGGAUGGCCUACUUGUUGCUAUAAAGAGCGUCACGAAAAAUAGUCAAGAGGUGCAGAUUUCAAGGUUUCUCUCCUCGCUACAGCCUCCGGAGAACCACUGCGUACCGGUCUAUGACGUCCUCGACGACCCAUUGAAUCCCUCCCACUCGCUGAUGGUUAUGCAAUACCUGAGGCCAUUUGACGACCCAGACUUCAUCAUGUUCGGCGAAGUGGUGGACUUCGUGACCCAAAUGCUCGAGGGACUGGCCUUCCUACACAGCCAAUGUGUUGCGCACCGCGAUAUAGCGGCUCUGAACGUGAUGAUGGACGGACGCGCGCUAUUCCCUGGAGGACACCAUCCGGCCUCGAUAGAAUCAUCCCCGGACCUCUAUGAAGAUCUGGUUCCUCUUCUUCGAAUCGACAACCCGGUGAGGUACUUCUACGUCGACUUCGGCCUGUCCGUUCGCUUCCAGCCUGGAGCGUCCACCCACGUCGUCGGGAAUGUCGGGCGCGACGCCGAAGUUCCCGAGCUCUCCUCGACCGUCCCGUACGAUGCGUAUAAAGCGGACAUAUACGCUCUCGGAAACCUCUUCGAUAAGGAGCUUGCUCAGAAAUACCACGGCCUCGACUUCCUCAGGCCUUUGAUAGACUCCAUGAAACAACGCCGACCCCAGUCGCGACCGGCCACAGGCGAACUCGUGGAGCGGUACCGAAACAUGCGCGGAGCGUUGAACCCCUCCGGCUUUCGUUGGCGGCUUGGAUCGAAGACUGCCCCCGUCUAUGAGAGGCUGUUCAACGACACCGUUGCCGUCGCCAAAGACAGCCUUAGCCAGCUGCGACGCUUUGUACGUCCAUAGUAUUACAACUCCCUUCUGUCGCUCCGGGUCUCCAUAUCGCCUACUGCUCAUGCACCCGGUAUUAAGGCAGCUCGCGUGCGGUCUCUAUUCCCACCAUUAUGCAUUCCCGCUAUCGUGCUAUCUCCCUACGUACUUGCUCGGAUUAUGCGUUAUAUGAAUGUUGUACC